AUGAACGUUUUAAGAGGACAAUGCCAUCAAAUAGUACAGACCAGUAUACGAUUUCAAUCGACUGUAGCCGCAGGGAGACUGAAAACAAUUAACAAGGGACUGUUCCCCAAAUUAGAAGACAUCUCCGUUAAUGAUUUGAUCUCUGAGAAUAUUUUAUUUGAAAAAGGCAGAUAUUUUAUUGCCAGGAGUAAGACUGGGAACCUACCUGUAUAUUCCGACACUAAAGGUGGUGGUAACAAAUUUGUUACUGAGAUAAGAAAGAUCCAAGGUGAUGUUGUCCAGUUACGUAAUGACCUACAAGAACAAUUGCCAUUUAUCCCUGAAAAGAACUGGAAAGUAUUGACGCAAUCACGUAAGAUCAUUAUUAAGGGAGAUGCAGUGAAACAAGUUAAAGGUAUCCUAACUAGGACUUUCUAA